AAAAAUUUGUUGACGUGGUGCAAGUUGCAGUGUGAUGGGUACGACAGGGUUGCCGUCAGCAAUUUUACGUCAUCGUGGAAAAGUGGUUUGGCAUUUUGUGCCAUCAUUCAUCGAUACAGACCGGACCUCAUAAACUAUGCCUCUCUUAAUGAGAAUGACACGUACGAAAAUUGCAAAUUGGCAUUUGACACUGCCCUAUCUCUCGGCAUUCCUGCCCUACUUGAUCCAGAAGACAUGGUCAUAAUGACGGUGCCCGAUAAGUUAUGCAUCAUAACUUACGUCUCACAGUAUUACAAUUAUUUCCACAAUAUGCCU